GCAGAAUGCGAGUACUGAUCUUCUCGUUUGUUCUCUCAUCAUGCUACUGUUUUAUGAGCAGAUUCCCGAGAUGGCAGACAGCUGGAGCAAGGGGAAAACUUCUUUGUAACAAUAAACCCGCUGCUGGAGUAUCUAUGUUUUUGUAUCAAAAAGGAUGGUUUUCCAAAGAGGAGCUGGCUGCCGCCAAAACGGACACAAAGGGAGUUUUCAAAAUUUCAGGCACUAUAGAAGAGGUAGUCAUGAAUCCACAACUCCGCAUUGUCACUUGGUGCAACCGUAAAAGGGAUGGAUUCAAUUCGAAAAUGAAGGAGAUCUGCAUAUACAUUCCACCAAAGUUUAUAAGCAAUGGAAAAAAAGUAUUGGAAUACUGGAACGUCGAUAUUGAGAUCGGCACAGAGGCCAACUUGUGCUCACAUCCGUCCGCGUAA